AAUUUUCCCCGAUUUAUCGCAAAUUUAACGAAGACAGAAGCUCUUUUGCGCACCAAUUAUCGUACUACCCGUUGCAAAGGAUGGUUUUUCAUCGUCGAUAACGGAAUUGGGGGUUGAAAAAUGUUCAACAAAAGUGAAAAAGACCAUUUUCUGGAGGAGCAAAAGUUGAAGAGAGAGCAACGCAAGAAUGAGCAAAAGAAAGUCGAGGAAGCGGCAAAGAUCGAACAGUCCUCGGUGGCGAUACAAAAAGUAAUUCGCGGCUUCCUAGCUCGAUGUCGGUUCAAACGGAUGAUUUGCGAGCGACUUGAUGCGUUGAUUGCCAUCGAAAAGGUGUCGGAUGUCGCGGAAAAAGCGGUUCCUGCGGUAAAAUUGUACCAAAUUGCCGCAGUUUUCGUGAAAUAUUGCGACAUCGAGAAACGCGAAGAAAAUCGCGAACGACUGGAACGCUUGUGUAAAUAUCUCGUAGCAACGCUGGACCUGGAAUCGCCAAAAUUCAGCUACAUCGGGGUGUUUUUGAACAAAGAACUGAGUAUUCAGUGGAUUCAGCAUAUCAAGAUGUUGCUGUACAAAGUUUGCGUGGUGCUGCAGCAACUUCGACCCGAAAUUUAUCGUGAUAGUAUUCAGUUGGCGACCUGUUUGCAUUGUCUCGUCGCUUUCACGUCGACCAGCACGUGGGCUUUGCUCCGUACAAAAUCGCUGGCGAACCUCAAAGCUGGCAUGCAACAACUUUGCUGCAAUAUUAUGGGAAGUCUCGUGCAAAAAGGCUUUUUUCUGACGCUACGAAGCGUUUUGAUUCGCGGAACUUGCAACCGAGCUGUCGUUUCGUUGUCUAACGUCUCGUUAACGGCUUUGGUAACUCUCACUGUGAGAAUUUUAUCUUCUGGCGGCUUCACCGAGACACUUUUGAUCAUGUUCAUUACGCAAAUUCUCACAGUUCCCGCGGUAAUUUACCACAUUGCGAACAACGAGACGACAGCAGCGUUGCUGCACCAAAAUCAGUUGCUCGCAAAAUGCAUCGAAAUCCUCCAAACUGACGAAUCAUUCCGUUUUGUGAGUAACAGCUUGAAAAGUAGUCAAAUUUUGGGACUUUUGGCGAAUUUGGUGCAUCUCAUGUACUUGGAGGAUAUCACGUCAAGCGAUACGGGCGACUUGACAUUCACGGAUUUGGUUACGAAAUUGCUGCAAAAUAUUCCAGCUGGCUCUGGGCAUCGGCAGAAGAACAUCACAAAGUGGCACGAGUUGUUGGGAUGGACAACAGAUGAUAAUUUGAGGCCGGAGGAUGGGCAGCAAAACGAAAAUCUCGCUCUAGUCAAGAAACAGAUGCACAUGCUGUGGUCGAAUAAGCUCGUGAAGGCCUUUUUGGGGGAUGAUUUGCAUGCAUUGUCUGUGGGUUUUGAGGAAAUUGAGUAUCCCGUUAUGAAUCAAUCCAAUAAUAUUCUGAAACGAGCGUUUGAGAGAAGUUCGCAGAAGCAAAAUACAAAAUGGCGUAAAUUGGGUUCUAAUGAGGUAGCGAAGGUUGCUCACGUUUCGGCGAUGUAUCACGCGGCACUAACGACACUCUCCCAACUACGACUCGAUAUCUUGUCGGGCCUUUGUUACAACGACACCGUAUUACACGAUUUUUGGCUGUUAAUCGCUUCCUUCGGCCCAACCUGCGGAAUCAAGACCUUUUUGGAAUUACUGCCAGCCCAAAGUCAAUCUAGUCAUUCGUAUCCGCCAACGAUUCUGAUGUUGCUCCUCUUUUGCGACUGCAUGACGCAUUACGUGACAAUUCUCGAUGACCUUGAGAUGUACGAGCAACAAAGUCCCUUCACGCUGAACGAUUACAUUGUCUUGUCAUAUUUCCUGAAUUCCUUCCUCGUGAAGCUCGUCGAAAGUCACAAAGAAGCCUCGAAGGAAACGAAAGAUAUUUCCCCGUUUGACACAAAAUCUCCUCUGUUUGUGUCGUUUCACACACUUUUGCUGAGUUUGUAUCGUCGCGACUGUCGGAGACAAUUUGCGCCGAAAGACCAUUGGUUGAUACGGGAAAUCAAGCCGUCGCACUUUCUCUCCGACCUGGAAAAGGGAAAACGUCAUGCUCAAAUUUUGCUGCAAAAAAUGCCGCACAUCAUCCCGCUGGAGGAUCGAAUUCAUCUCUUCAAAAAAUACGUUCAGACUGAAAAACUCAACGAAUCGUCGGCUUCUGGGUCGGCAUCGGCUCUCGUAACGGUGCAUCGUGAUUUGAUUGUCGAGGACGGGUAUCGGCAGUUGGCAGCAUUGACGCCGCAACAAAUGAAGGGCACAAUUCGCGUGCGUUUCAUCAACAUUCAGGGUCUGGAUGAGGCAGGAAUCGACCAAGAUGGCGUCUUUAAGGAAUUUCUCGAGGAAACGAUAAAGAAAGUUUUCGAUCCGUCGUUGAAUUUGUUCAAAACGACGGCAGAUCAGCGACUUUAUCCAUCGCCGACGGCACACAUGACGGAAAAUCAUUCGCAACUUUUUGAAUUUGUGGGUCGGAUGUUGGGAAAAGCGGUUUACGAAGGAAUUGUCGUUGAUGUGCCCUUUGCAUCGUUCUUCCUGUCGCAAGUACUUGGACAAACGCAUCAAGCGCUGUACAGUUGCAUGGAUGAGUUGCCAAGUUUAGACAACGAUCUUUAUCGGAGUUUGACUUUUAUCAAACAUUAUGAGGGAGAUGUAGCUGAUCUUGAUUUAACCUUCAGCGUGGAUGAAGAUGUGAUGGGAAGACUUGUGACUCAUGAGCUUGUCCCUGGAGGACGAACGCGACCUGUUACGAAUGAUAACAAAAUCAACUACAUUCAUAUGAUGGCGUAUUUCCGUAUGUGUACACAAAUUAAAGAGCAAACAAGUGCUUUUAUCAGGGGAUUUCGAAGCAUUGUUUGUCCUGAAUGGUUGCAGCUAUUCUCAACGCCAGAGCUUCAACGCCUAAUUUCCGGCGACACCGCACCAUUAGACCUAAAAGACCUCCGCAAACACACCCAAUACUACGGCGGAUUCCAUGAUUCGCAUCGCGUCGUUGUCUGGCUAUGGGACAUCCUUUCCAAAGACUUUACGGAAGAAGAACGCAAAUUAUUCCUGAAAUUCGUUACCAGUUGUUCGAAACCACCCCUUUUGGGAUUCUCGCAACUUGAACCGCCCUUUUCAAUUCGAUGCGUCGAAGUGGGUGACGACGAAGAUACCGGCGACACAAUCGGAUCCGUAAUUCGUGGAUUUUUCACUAUCCGUAAAAAGGAUCCUUUGCAUCGACUUCCAACGUCCUCAACUUGCUUUAAUCUCCUAAAAUUGCCAAAUUACCAGAAAAAGGCGACCCUCCGUGAUAAAUUACGUUACGCAAUUUCCAGCAAUCCAGGAUUUGAAUUAUCUUAAAAAAGUGAAGAAAAGCGAAAAAAAAUGUUUGAGAGUGAACGAGAUUUUUUUUUAAUUUUUAGAAAAGUGAAUGUGCUUGGAGAAAAAGAGCAAAAGAAUGAUAUUUAGUGUAGAGUAGAUAAAAUUACACAAAAAAGUGAAGAUUUAGCGAUAAGAAUAUUUAUAUAUAUUACUAAACAGAGACGAAGAUAUAAAAAUAUC